AUGUCCGCUCGUGCCCACUCUCCACCUGCUUCGACCUUCAGCUCGCAAUCUGACACUGCGCCCAUCGUCUCGCGCUCAGUCUCUCAAUCGCCCACUACCGACCCAGCAAAGCCCAGCAAACGACGAUUGUUUGGUCUGGUCAAGAGAAAGGACAAGGCUCCCGACAGUGCCGUCAUCGACGCGAAUACCGACGCGACCCAGUCCGACUCGACAGCUGCACUUGCAUCUGCAUCACCAAACAUGAAUCCUCUCACCUCGUCGCCCUCUCCGCCCAAUCGCUUCGUUGCUGCAUCACCGACACGUCUGCCAUUUGCGCUGACUUCGAGUCAAUCCACCUCGACUCUGGCGUCAUCGCAGAUCUUCGAGCGCAACGUCCAAGAGUCGAUUGUACCAAGCGAACUGUCACCCGCGAUUCCCGCACACAUCCAGACCGAAGAUCAUAUCCCUGCUGUUCUCGAGGCGUCCUCCCUUGCUAUUACCGACACCCAUCUAGAUCCGGAUCAAGUUGAGAUUGUCACCCACACAGCCCAUCAACCUGCGAUUGAUAAGGUCGCAGAGGGCACAGCGAAUGCUCUUCAUUCAGAUGCACAACUCCCAGUCUCACCACAAGAUUCGCAACACGAGAGUUUCCACUCGGUACCCUCUCACCCACCAGACCUUGAUGAUGCCGCGUCAAACUACGGUGCUUUAGAUCCUGCAGAUGUGCGCAGACUAAGUUUCAUUUCCUUUGCAGACGUGGUCCAGGCAGAACAGGCUGAAUCCAAGGACUCUUUACACCACGGACCACUGUCUGCCAGCACUCUCAGCCAAGCUCAAACCCACUCUCCUCCACUACCUCGCUCACCAUCACCUGCGCGCUCGCCCUUGUCUUCGCAAUACUCACAAGAAGUGACGACCCCACCGCUUGGGAGCAACCCAACAUCAAUCAAGGGCUUUGACAUGAGCCCGGUACGCAGCCCAAUUGGCAGUCCCCACCAGCAACAUGGAGAACUCACAAUCGAAACAAUGCGCCAGGCACUACGCAAGACAGCCAGUGGAGACUUCACAGGAACCAAGAUAGCACCAUAUCCAGCAAGCUCGACAGGCCUUGAAGAUGGCGGUCUUGAGAGACAUGGCUUCAAAUGA